AUGGGGAACUCCAAUUCAUCGCACGAACCCCUCGAACGGGGGUUCACUCGUGGAACGUAUGGAGACGUUAAAAAUACGAAAUCGGCCUCCUUCCGACAGAGCAAACGGUCGCCAAAGAAGAUGGAUCGGUUGCGGAAAUCGUUUCGCGAUUCGUUCCGGCGGCGCAAGGAUCGGGUACCGGAGGCUGCCAAACCGCACCAGUGGCAGUCGGACGAGCAGGCGGUCCGCUCGGCAACCUGCACCUUUUCGGUGAAGUAUCUCGGCUGCGUCGAGGUGUUCGAAUCUCGUGGCAUGCAGGUGUGCGAAGAGGCGUUAAAGGUGUUGCGCAACUCUCGGCGACGUGCAAUAAGGGCGCAGCUGCAUGUGAGCGGCGACGGACUGCGAGUGGUCGAGGAUGACACGAAGGGGCUGAUCGUGGAUCAGACGAUCGAGAAAGUAUCGUUCUGCGCACCGGAUCGCAACCACGAGCGUGGCUUUAGCUACAUCUGCCGCGACGGUACAACGCGGCGGUGGAUGUGUCACGGGUUUCUGGCUAGCAAAGACUCGGGCGAACGGCUGUCGCAUGCCGUGGGCUGUGCGUUUGCCGUGUGCCUCGAGCGUAAGCAGCGGCGCGACAAGGAGUGCGGUGUGACGAUGACGUUCGACAUGAAAAAUUCAACCUUCACGCGCACUGGCUCUUUCCGCCAGCAGACGAUGACGGAGCGAUUGACGGAUACGGCGGUGGUGGCUCCGCAACCGAACAGCAACGCCUCGAAACCGUACAAUCCGUUUGCGAUCGAGCGACCGCAUGCCACACCCUCGAUGCUGGAACGCCAGGGCAGCUUCCGGGGCUUCACGCAGAUCGGGUCAGCGUCGCCCUUCAAACGGCAGAUGUCGCUGCGGAUAAACGAUCUUCCGUCCAAUGCCGAACGGCAGCGUGCAUUCCUCGAGCCGGGCACACCGCAGCGCACGACCGUGUCGCCCAUUCCGGAGGUAUCGCCACAGCCCACGGACACCGUGAGCCAGCUGUGCCAGGAGCUGAGCCAGGGCCUCUCGCUGUUGACCAGAAACGAUACGGACGAUUUCUAUCUUAGCAAAGAGCUGCACAGCAAAUCGGCGGGCGCUGCCUCGGUGGCGGCGGUGGCCACUACUACGAGCAUCACUUCCAGCGCGGCACUGGUAGCGACACCAGCGUCGUUCACCUCCUCCAAUGCAAUCGGCUACGUGCCCGGGCUUCCGGCUACCAGGGCCGGGCUCGAAGCCAUCAUCCAGCCCCCCGCGCUCCAAUCGCUAUCCGUCGUACCGACCAUUCCGCCGCGCUCGAUCUCGCCACUGAACAGACAGUCAACGCCAGCCCUAGGCCUGUCCUCCCUAGGUAACCACAAUAGUAGUUCUGCCAGCACCAACACACUCAGCAGUAGCAGCAAUUGCUCCUCCACUGCGACAGCCAUUGCAGCCGUCAGUGCCGCCCCUUCUGCCGCCACUAGCAGCAGUGUAGUGGUUCCGGUUGAAACCGUCUCGCCCUUACCGAACCCGGAGCAAUGGUUGGGACAGAUCGUGAAGAACGUGUCACCGUCGCCGAGGCGUGCGCCUUCGUUGCACAGCCGCGCCAAGUCGCUCAAUGCCGGCGAUCCGUUCGACGCCGAAUGGGUGGCCGACGUGGCGAAGCCAGAAAUACAUAGCACGAAUCCGUUCAUUUCCCCACCGAAGCCACCGGCCCAAUCGUUCCAAGUGCACCUCUAAGUUUGGGCGAUUGGGAGGACCGUGCGGUGUGGGACUCGAAAAGAGACGGAUCGGAAGAACGACGCUCUUCCAUAUCUCUUGGUGCUUCAAUUGGUUUGCGUUUUCCUGUGGGAGUAGUCGUACGGUAGUUAAAUGGUAUCUAAAUAAUUCGUUUGUUAUUUGUGCUUGUCCUUUCUGUGGCGCAGUGGCGAGUGGCGUUCAUAGGAGGAAGCCAAAGGGGCGGCAGUAAGGGGGGUAGCGCGGUUAAAAGCCUGUAGAGAUGUAAAAGAUCAAUCAAAAAGCCUGUGGAGCAAAAGGUAAAGGUGUUGUUUUCCACUCGGACGGAGGAAGGACGGAGAGACCGUCAACGUUACUUGAAAACGGAGCACUGUACUUACACUUGAACGAAACAUUCUCAGUAGCAUUUUUACUCUUGGAGCUUCUUCAUCCCGCGCGGGGGAGCUCGGAUGGUUUUGCACCGCUCGGAGCCGGUAGCUGUUAGAGCCUGUUACUAUCGUUCAGAAGAGCGAAUGUGCUUAAACUCGUAAAUUUAUAUUCUUCUCAUUCUCAUGUUAGAAGCGGAAAUCCAUUUAAACGUUUAUUAUUUGUUAUGACGUUGGGAGGUACUUUUACCGUAUGAAUUCCAGAUGUAAUGAACUUGUUUAGUUCGUCUGUUUUAU